GUCACCACUCAGUACAUUGCGAAUCUCCACAAUGAAUAUCAAAUUAGUUCUACCAUUACUUACAAUUCUUGCUGUGGUCAACAGUGAGGAUAUAAUACUAGGCUCAAAUACUAGUGGAAGAAAAAUUUACGAUGAAAAAAGCCAAGCCAGUCCAGCUAUUUGGAGACAGACACAAAACGUUACAGUUAACACGACUGAUAGUGAAGUUAUAAGUCGUAUCGUCAUCACUGAUCUGAGGCCAGACAAGGAUGGCGAUGCCAAAAUCAUUGAAGGCGGAGAGGGACAGAAAUCCGUCACCAUUGAGCUAAAAAGCCCAACUGUAUUAAGAGGAUACGACUUCCAGAUCCAAGUUUAUUCCGUACCUGAUACGCAAGAUAUUGGAGGGAACAACAAGCCCGGCAGCACUGAGAAGGAACCGAAAAUAAACCCUGACGUCCAGCCGCCGAAAACCAUCGCCGAUGAUAUUAAGACCCCGACACCAUUAACAACAGAUGUCAAAGUAGGAGACGCCAAAAGACAAGUUCGCAGUCCUGUCGAUGACCAAUCUCAUGACGUUAUUGGCAAAAUAAAAAGCCAACACACUCCGAAUCUUCCGUCAGUAUUCGGAAGCGACAUUACUACAACAGAUCCUUUAAAAGCGACUUCUACAGAUGGAAAGGCGACUGCAAAAGACCAACCUACUGACAAACCGUUCCCUGAUUUACUCGGUGUAUUCAACGUCGAACGCAGUACACACAUACCUGCACCACAAAAAGAUUUAAAAACAAACACAGACGUCGACGACGAGGCUGUAGAUACUGACAAAGAAGAGCAACCUAAAACGCAAGAUAAUCAGAAGAACACUGGUUCUCCUGCGAUUGUCGGUAAAGCUAUUACACCGGCACCAGAAAAAGAUUUAAAAACAAACCCUCUCACACGCCACGUUAGAGAUACUGAGACAGCAGAUCCACUUAAACCUCAAUAUAAUAAAAAUAGCUCGCCUCCAUCGAUUCUUGGCAAAGCCAUUACACCGGCUCUAGAGAAGGAUUUAAAAAAUAACCCAAGUCUAACACGGCAGGUUAGAGAUUCGGAGAAAGAAGAUGAAAUUAAAACUCAAGGCGGUCAAAAGAAUAUUGGAACUCCGGCAAUCGUCGAAAAAGCUGUAACACCAGCUCCAGAAAAAGAUUUAAAAUUAAACCCACACCUGACACGACAAGUUAGAGAUACUCAGAAAGAAGACGAACUUAAAACACAAAACAUUAAAAACAGCGAUUUACCUGAUAUUGUUAGUAAAACUCUUGCCACUCCGCAACCGGAAAAGGAUUUAAAAACAAGCAAAGAUGUUAAACGUCAAGCUUCAGGUUUUGAGAAACACGAUCAGACAAAAACUCAAGACGAUCAAAAAGUCAGUGCGUCUCCUGCGAUUGUCGGUAAAUCUAUCACACCGGCUCCGGAAAAGGAUUUAAAAACCAACUUAGAUCUAACAAGACAGGCCAGGGAUACGGAGAAAGAAGACGAAAGCAAAACUCAAGAGAUUAAAAAGGGCGCACCUCCGUCAAUUGUGGGCAAAUCUAUUACACCAGCCCCAGAAAAAGAUGUAAAGACAAGCACAGACUUACACCGACAAGUUAGAGACACUGAGAAGGAAGACCAAACUAAAAUUCAAGGAAUAAAAAACGAAGGACUUCCGUCGAUUGUUGGUAAAUCUAACCAGCCUAUUACACCAGCGCCAGAGAAAGAUUUAAAAACAAACAAAGAUGUUAAACGACAGGUUGGAGACACUGAGAAAGACGAUCAACUUAAAACUCAGGAUUACCAAAAAAAGAUUGGGUCUCCAUCCAUUGUCGGCAAAACCGUUACGCAGGCCCCUGAAAAAGAUCAAAAAACAAAUCCAGAUAUAUCACGACCAGCUAGGAACACUGAAGACGAAAUUAAAACUUCAGAUAUUGUCAACAAAGGGCCUGCUGUAAAUCCCUAUAUCCAAGGUUUGCUAAUUGCUCCUGUAAAUGAAUCUAACAAUACGCCGCAAUACGGAACCUUUGAAGGAAAGGCAUCGACGACAGAGAAAUCCAGAAUUGCUCGUGACACAGAAAGUGAAGGCAAAAAUGAUGAAAAAGAAUCUAAAAUCCAAAACGAUGGUGUUAAACAAGUGAGUCCAAAAAGUGAUGAUUCCAAUGGCCCAAAAAGUGUUGUAGCUCCGAAAAUUGGCUUUGGGGACCAAACUUCCGAUAGAACUACACCAAGGCCGUACGUUCCUCCAGUUUCAGUACAUCGUAGGAGUACAGAAAAUGCCCCGGUUGCCAAAGGACCUACCAUAUUAAGUCCUACCCAAAUCAAUCCCCAAAAAGCAAAGUCCGAUGAAGAUUCCCUUGAAGACGACAUUACGAAAGCCAACGGACAGAAUGAAAAGAAACCUGUGAUAUCUAUUCAAUAAGUUAUUUACAUUAUUAACUUUAUGUUUUAAUUAAACAUGAAAGAGGUCAUAAGUAAUAAUUAUGUGAUAAUUACCAAGCAGCAAGCAUAAAUGAUUACUGAGUUUUCUAGUAUUAAGGUAAAGGUUUAUAAUUACAACUUGUGCCGUCCAAUUAUGUUAUUAUCGACUUUAUUAUCCUUGUUAGCUAGAGGAUAUAUUAUUGCUUUAUUUGUGAUUUGAGCGAUUAUAUGUGAAGAAAUAAAGUAUUAUUUGUCACAUAA